AUAACACCUACACAUCGUGAGAUCCAUGCAUCAUCAGAGAGAGAUUCCCAAAUUAGUCAACCCCAAUGCCAAGAUUACCACCCUCAUUAUCCUCCGCAUUAUAAUCACCUGACCAACCUUAAUUAAUUAAGCUAAAUUUCACGCUAAUCCUAGCAACUAACCUCCCCCGCAUUAAGCCUAAACUUCGUAACUAACCCCAGCUUUUUUUUUUGCAGAAAAGCCCCUCUAAUCCGCUGCCGUCCGUUGAAAUAUUUACAUUUUGGUCCUCGUGAUGAGUCUGAAUUAGCAUAUAGGUCCCUCCCUCCCAAGCAUUUCUUCCUUCCCCCCAAACGCGUUGAUUCCGAUGCCAAUGGCGGCCGCGGCCGGCGCCGGCGAGCCGUCGCCGUACGCGGAGGCGGCGGGAUCCGACCUCGCGAAUGCGCGGGCGCCGUCUCCCGUGGUCGGCAAGCACCUCCCGUCGGGCGCCGUGCCGCGCCACGCGUACGUGUUCGACGGCGAGGGGGGGUUCGCCGACGCGGCGUGGGACGUCGCGGCGGCGGCGCCGGGGGCGUUCACGUGGCACCACAUCGAGCUCCCGCGGCAGCAGCCCGGGGGCGCCGCCGCGAAGCCGCUCCACCACGCGCAGGCGCUGAUCGAGCUGCUCUGCCCGCCGCUCACGCUGCAGGAGAUCCUCGCGUUCGUCGCCACGGGCCCGCACUGCGGCGUCGUGGACGGCGGCGGCGGCGGCGGGGCGGGCGCGCUCCUUCUCCGCGUGAGCUCGCCGGGGCCGGUGGGGAGCGCGUUCGCGCUCCGCCUCGCCGCGCGCGUCACGGACAGCUCCGUGGUGACCGUGUCCGUGGGCGGCGUCCCGCGCCUCGCGUUCGGGACCACGCAGGCGUCGCUCCUCUCCGAGGUGCCGCUCGGGGUGACCGCGUCGCUCUCCGACGAGGGCCACGGCGGCGGGCGCGCCGUCGAGGGCGGGGUGGUGAUCGAGGAGCGGCUGCUCGAGUCGCUGCUCGCCAUGAACCACGCCGACGGCGCGCACACCGACAACCCCGUGCCGCGGACCGUGUCCAACCUCCUCGUGCACGUCCUGGGAACGCACGUAGACCACGUCCACGACAUCGUCACGCGCCUCGAGAUGGAGCUCGACAGCAUCGAGCUGCAUCUCGACAAGGGUGGUCACUUUAUGAGGAAACUUUUGUUGGAUGGAAGGAGAUUCCCCAAAAUGCAUCUUGAUCUACAGCGCCUGCUUCAGGUUGUUUCUCAUGGUGACCAAGUAUUCCCCCGUGUAAAGGAAAAAUGUGCGAGCAAGAGUUGGUUUGCGAGUGAAGAUAUUGUUGCUCUUGAAGAUCUGAUAGGCCGUCUUAGGAGGCUGAAGGAAAAUCUUGGAUUUAUAACGAAUAGGGUGACUACACUUCAAGCUAGUCUAGAUAGCUGGCAAUCUGAGCAGAUAAACAAAAGCUUGUACUAUCUUUCAUUUUUGUCCAUAAUAUUCCUUCCUCUAUCCAUUGUCACUGGAGUUUUUGGGAUGAAUGUUGGUGGUGUGCCAUGGACUGAGCAGAAAAACCCUGCAAAUCUAGAUGGCUUCUUCAAUGUCAUGUUAAUAUGCGUCGUGAUCUUGUUGAUCCUGCUGCUUUGUUUCUUAUUUCCUUCAUUGUAUUCACACGUGUCGGCAUGGAGAACCCGCCGUGCACUGGCCCGGAGCAGUUCUCAGAACAAGAGACAUCUGAAACUCUUUAAGGGUCACAAAGAUGGUUACAUGCGCCUCUGAGAACAGAAAUGCAGGUUCUCCAUGUACUUAGCCAGCACAUGGAUGCCUUUGUAAUAUGGAACCAUAGAUAGAAAAUCCAACGCGCUCAUGUUGUCAGCAAGCAAAGUUGACAGAAAGAUAAGUUUAUUGAUGUGAUUGUAACAUUGGCAAGAGGAAAUCCUAGAUAGUCAUUCGCACAUGUACAGCUUUUGAUUCAGAGCCUCUACUGGAGGUUCAUAUCUUUUUCAUUGCUUAGUUCUUUCCUUUGUUUCUUGGGAAGCUUGUGAAUGUGGUGGUUUGUUUCCCUGUAAACUUCAGCAUUCUAUGAGUCAUGACUGUACACAUUGUUUUCAUUCCCUGUGGUUCAAUCUUCAUAUCUAUUGUUGUUAACUGUACACAUUGUUUUCA